AUGAAAAGUGUAAAUAUUUCUACAAAUGCAUUAGGUGAUGAUCUCCAUAAUGUAUCGCAAACAAUUAAACAUGUAUCGUUAAAGCUACUUAGUAGUAACAAUACGUUACAAAAUUUGCCUCUGUUUGAUAUUAACAUAGAAAGUGUGAGCACCAAUGAUAGUUAUUCCAUUCAGUCAGUUGUUGAGCUGGUAAAUGACAUAAACGACACUUUAAUAACAGUGCAAAAAGAUUUGAAUAUGACAGACGGGAUACUUUCUCAAUCGCAAAGUACGUCAGAUGAUGUGCAGAAGGAGCUGGAUGACCUUGACAUGAUAGUUUCGCGCUUCAAAAAGGUUGAAAGAAACCUUUAUGAGCUGGAAAAUGUUCAAAAUAUAUUGACAGAGAACUCAACUUCUUUGUUUGAUUUACUACUAAUUUCUAAGGCCUCUGUUGACGCCAAUAAGAAAAACCUCGAUACUCUCAAUACGAUUUAUAAGGACUUCGAUUUCAACAGUUCCAAGACAGAGAACCUAAUUGACAGAGCAAAUGUAAAGGUCGGUGCUCUACUUGCACUUCUCAAAGUCACCGAAGACGAGUUGAAUAAAACAAAUGAUGAUCUGGAUGGGAUGCAAUAUCGUUUGUUUGAAUUUAAUGAUAACAAAGAAAUACUAAACAAAACUCUGGCCGAAAUCAAACAGGAAAUAAUUGGUAAAAGACAAUCUCAUGAGCAUGUCAACACCACUCUGCAUGAUAUUCUGGGUGAUAUUCCUACACUUCAAAUAACUCUGGCAAACAUUAGUUCAUUAGUGGAUGAAAUGAACACAUCUUUAAUAAACGAAAAAGACAAGUCUUUACUGAAAGACAAACAACUUCCAAAACUAUUGGAGCGAUAUCAACAAAUAGAUUUAACCAUUGAUAUGACAAAUAAAACUUUGCAGAAAAUGGCGAAUGAAAUUCAGGAUUUGAAGAAACAUGUAGACGAACUAAAACUUCGCAUGGACACAUACAGCACAAUAAAUAUUUCUUCAACAGAUAUACAGAAGCAAAUAAAACACCUUGAAGAUCAACUAGCGAUUAUGAAUGGCCAUUACGGAAACACCGAAGAAGUUAUAAACAAAUUAAGGGACACAAUUGAUAAGCACAAUGUUCUUGGAAAGAAUAUCUCAACGGAAAACGUGCAAGAACAAUAUGAUGACUUCAACAAGACAAUGAAUAUGGUCGGUGAAGUUUUGAAAAAGAUUGAAUACGAAAGCUAUGUUAUGGAAGAUCAUUUUAACUCGCUAAAUGACACAAUUCAAAAAACAAACUCCGCUCUAGAUGAUUUUAGUGACCAAGUACAAAGUUCAAAUAUCAUCAAAGAAAGUAUCGACGGGAUUGGAGGACAGAUACAGUUAAACAAAGAUCAAGUUCAAAACAUGAAGGAAGUUAUUGACAAUAUGACAGAUUCGUACAAUGAUAUGCAACAAAAAUAUGAAAACGUUCUUGACACAGUUGCUACUAACAACACGAUAGUAAGAAAGCUUAUAAAAACAGCAGGAGAAAACGUCGGCAAUAUCGCUACCAUUCUCAACUCCCUUGAGCAGCAAUACAAUGAAAGUGUAGAGCACUUUUUCAAAAUGAACGGGACAUUAUUUGACAACGUUUCAGAAUACUUUGAUUUAAAAAGGAUAUUAAAUCAAGUCCAAUUAAUGGAAGAUAAAUUACAAGAAACAAUAACAUCCCUUGAGAAAGGGAUAGCUGGUACGUCAAAGGAAUCGUCACAGUUGACAGAUUCAUUGUCUGACUUAGACAGUCUUGUCAAUAGCUUAAAUGACACAUUGCACUUCGAGCAGCUUAAAUACGACUUUUUGAGAAACAACUUCAAAACUUUAGAUUCAAAACUGAAAGGCCUCUUGUCUCCAAUUACAGAUGCAAAGUCCAAAAUAAGCGGAGUAUCGGAAAAUGUUCAAAACGUUUUAAAGUUUGUACACAAUGUCUCUGACAUGAUGAACAAAAUACCAAAUAUAAACAUUCCUCUCAGUGAUUUUUUAAAAAGUAUUGAUGUGUAUACAACUAAUGUAAAUAACGCAUCUGCGAAAACAAACGAUAUUGAGCGUGAGUACAAAGACUUAAGAUUAAAAUCUUUAGAUUUAACUGAUUCGACGAAAAACAUCACAGAGAUAAGGCAUAUAUAUUCAGAAAUCAACACAACCCUUGAUACUUUGCAAGAAGAGUUGGAAACAGUCAAAGAUUCAAUGAACGGAACAAAUACAAAUGCAACAUCAAUCGAGCAGCAGAUGAAACUCUUAAAUAGUUCUUUAGACGAGUUCAAUGAGCUUGAUCGCAAGAUUGUAAACAUUUCAGCGGACUUCAACAACAGUAGACAAAAUAUUAAGACACUUAAAGACCAUAUCGCAGUUUUAGACACAUCAGCGGAUGAAUUACAACAAUCAUUGCAGAACAUGAAAGCGCUGUAUGAUAUUGUUGACGAUGUAAGUCUUCAAAAAGAAUUAUUGGAUCUGAUUGAACAAAUCAAAAACAAUUCGGAUUAUAUCCAAAAUAUCAGGACAGGCUUUAAUAAUGUCUCCGAUAUUUUGAUUGGUGCAGAGACUGUUUUCAAAGAUACAAAUGCUAAAUUGCAUGGAAGCAUUGAUAAAUUCGAUACGCUGAAUAGUGUAAUUAAUCAUACUAGUGGUGCAUUUAACUCUACCAGCCGUGUCAUUGUUGACAUCGACGAAACAACUUCUGGUCUGUUUCUAGGAGUAGAUGGCAUUGACACGACUCUCAAAAAAAUACGAACCAAAAUGUCUGAAUUAAACAAAACUAUGGAAGAAGAAAAGAAGAAACGGGAAUUUAUAAAAGAGAUGUUUCCAAAAAUAAAAUCAAAGUUCCAUUUGAUCAGUGAACAAUUGAACAAUACCAUUAAGGGACUGACCCAAGUUGAUGGAUUUGUACGCAAGUCUGAGAAUACAUUUGGAGAUGUAAAAGGACGAAUCGAUAUGUUGGAUAGUAUACAAAUACCAUUGAAUGAUGAAAAGGAUGCCAUAGAGACAAUGCAAUCUUCAGUUAAUAAAAGCAAAUCAGAAAUAAACCAUGUUACUGAUAUUCUCCAUGCGUUGGACUUAGAUCAACUAGCAGAUACAACUGUAAGCUUUGAUAAACUUGAGAGAUUAUAUGAAAAGUUUAGAAACGAAACGAGAGAAGCAGGUGUACGGUUGCAAGUCGUAAACGAUUCUACAGAAAUCGUAUCUAGGACCAACUCGCGGGUAGCCGAUGUUCUUGUCGAUGUCAAUAAUACAUUAGAUAAUUUUGUUAAAAUGGAAACUAUUCUAGAUUCUACAUUAGAUACAAGUUCACAGUUAUCACAACAGAUUGGUAAAACGAAUAGAUCAAUAAACAAUAUGAAUGACGAACUUGUAGAAAUUGACUCCCUUUUGAAAGGUAUUCUCAGUCAGUUCAGUCAUAUUCAGGAUCCGAAACUAUUGGCAACAAAGGAAGAUCUUCAAAACAUCAUGGUGUCUCAAAGGGGUCAAUUAGAUUCAUUGCUCACUUCAAUUGGAGGAAUUAACGCUGAAAAUGCCGGAAUCGUAAGCGAUAUUUCGCUUAUGAACGAUUCAAUUUCUUCGACUAAACUGUUAUUGAAAGAAUUGAAAGAACACAUACAAACUGUCAAUUCCACCUCUUCUUCUGUUAUGAAUACUAUUAAUAAAACGGAUGAGGCUCACAUGGCAUUGAACAGCACAGCUUCGCAAAUGCCUCCAGAAAUGAAACGACUAAUGGACAAUAUCGUUGCGCUCCAAAAAAAGUAUAAGAAAGAACAGGAAAAGCUUGAUUUCAUAGCAAAGAAUAAACCAAUAUUGCAAGGCGAUUUUACGGAUUUAAAACCACUAUUUGAUGAUGUCAAUACAAACUUGAGUCAUACGGACAUUUCCCUUUCGAAUCUUAAACAGAAGAUACAGAGAGUUGAUGAGCGACUAAACACAUUUAAACCUUUAGAAAUAACAACGGCUACUGAAAUGAAAUUAUGGGAUACUAUGGACAACAGAAAAAAACAAUUCCACGAAACGUUCACACUUUUGACAACGAAGUACAAGGCUAUCGCAGAAAAGAUCAAUCAACUUGAUGAUAGAAAUGGAACGAUCGACGAUAUAAAGAAAACAUUCAAAUCGUUAAAUGAAUCUCUUAAAGCUAUAGAGAAGCAUCUGCAAGAACUUGAGCAAAACUUUACCAAUAUACACUUAGAGGAAUCAAAGGUUGACGAAACACUCAAUAAUCUGAAAGAAACAAUGAAUUCCUUUGCAAAAUUGCAGGAAUCUUCAAGUAACGCUGGUGGGCGUCUUGAAACACUCAAGAGUACGAUGGAUUCGACAAGUGCAGGUCUUCAAUCAACGAACGCUGGAUUAAAUAAAGUGAACAGCACGCUUGAUAGAAUGAAAAGUAAUUACGCUGUUCUCAAAAACAAGACAUGGGAAGGUAAACUUCCUCAAUUCAAAACAAAACUUAAUGCGGAUAAGGGAGAAGUAAAGAAGACCCAAGAUCAGCUUAAUACAUUGUCGGGUAAAGUAAAUACAACAGAAGAUGAAUUCCAAAAUGUAUAUCGUGGACUGACAAAGGCAACAUAUACAAGAGACAAUGUUACUAAAAGUAUAGAAAACAUGUCAAAGACACUUUCUGGAGUGGAUUCCAAUUUAGCUCUUCUUCCUAAAGAACUAAAUAGUAUAAAAGCAGAUAAUGAUAAUCAGAAGAAAAAAGUUGUCGAAUUCCAACAAGACAUCAAUAAUCUUGACGAAAAACUAAAAGAUGAACUGCAAAAGUUUCAAUUUGUCAACCAACAUUUGGACCCAAUAAAAGAAAAACACUCUAAAACUAACGUAAAUUUCUUCGCGAAUAAACCUAACAUGGAAGAAAUGGGUGCUAAAUUGGAUGAACUAUUUAGAAUCAUAAAUAAAAUCAAAAACAAGCUGAUUGACUUUGGUCUUACGGACACAGAUAGCUCAGUGAAAGCAUGGGAUGUUAAGAUCAUUAAACUAAACAACACCGUUAACAGUAUCAUUGACAACAAUAAAUUGUCCGAAGAAAAACUAAACGAACUCAAAAGGAUUCUAUGGGAUACAAAGCCACUAUAUCGAACAGAAGAACCUCUGGCAGAAUUAGAAAAAAGAUUUGAAGGUUACAACAAGACUUUGGACGCAAUUGCUGCGGCGGCUCAUACAAUUAAGAUCAAGUUAAAUGACCUCGGAAAUGAAGCUGAGAGGGUGAUUGGCGAGCUGGUGGAGAGGGAUAUGGUGUUAACCACUACACCCGCCACAACAACACCCUCAGGACCCCCAGACUGGUUGACAGUUAAGAGUUCCGGGACUGGCACAAUCGGUCGGGACAGCGGGUUCGUGCGUUGCACGGUGGGUGACAUGACACAGUGGGAAAUGAUGAAGAUCACCCGCUUACAACCCGACGGACGGGAAGUCCCGAUCGCUGCAUGGAAGCAGGGUUUCGGUGCUAGGAAGGCUGUUCGGGACCGGCGCGUUGUGGUUCGAAAGACUACGGACGCAGUUGGCGGGAGCCUGGACGUGCAGAUCAAGUCGCUUCAGUGCGAAGACGAGGGCACUUACCACUGCACCAUCGACACAUACAGUAUGUGGCCUGUAGAAGCACAGAUAAACGUCAUAACACCCCCGGAAGACAGUCUGCGCCCCGAGUUCCCUACGGAAGUAUUCGAGGAUAAGGUGGCCAACUUCUCGUGCACGGGCAAGCCCGGUUACCCGGGUGGAAGGAUCGUGUGGAAACUUAAACACCUGAAGGAUAAGGACUUCAAGCCAUUCGAUUUCUACAGUGCCCGCUCCAAGGUGGAGGACCGUGACUGCAUCCGGACGGAGACAAACACUGUAGAAUAUCCCUUUGACAUGUCGUGGAACGAUACCAAGGUCCGCUGUUACAUCGAGGGGACGGACUACUUCGGGGAGGGAGUAGUCAGGCUCCUGCCUUACGAUAUUUGCAACAAAGUGCGAUACCAAGGGACCAUUUCCCAUCCGUACACGCCCCACAAGUACAUCGUGUGUGGGAAGGCACUGAACAUCAUGGAAUGCCCUGGGAACACGUGCUAUGACCACACAGAGGAGAACUGCGUCACGUGCAAGGGCGGAGCGGGCAGAGGUGGCGACCCGUGCCAAGGGCAGUCCCUGUUCUCCUACGUGGCGCAUGAAACGGACUGCAAGAAGUUUUACAUAUGUAUGGGACCAAACAAAAGUGUUAAGAAGUGCGCCAAGGGAUACUUCGCGCCAAAUGUCCCCGGAAACUGCGUCAUGACGUAUGCGAAGUCGAGCUGUGGUCUGAAACGAGGCUAAGUAGGUGUGAUACCAUUAGGAGAAAGUUUUCUUGGUGAAUACCUGUGUUUUCUUCAGAUGAACUUUCAAAAGUCCACAGUAACCUCCGCUGUCUCUAAAAACACUCUUGUAGGAGUGACACGUUUUCAAAAUACGUGUGGUCAGCUUCGUAUAUAAAGUCGGCGCGGUCGGAAAUGGAACUAUUAGCACCUCCUAUUGAAGAUCAUUUUAGGUAUUGUGCCAUUCAAACUUUCAGUGCUCAUCUAUGAAUCUUCUGUCGGCAAGCUCGGAAGUGUAAUUCCCACCUCCUAGUGAAGAUCAUCUUGUGACAGUCAAACUAUUAAUGAUCAUCUUCGACUCUUCCAUUGGCAAGUUCGGAAGUAGAACUAUUCCCAUCUCCUAGUGAAGAUCAUCUUGGGUAUCGGGACAGUUCAUUGUGCAUUUUGCUGGUCCAAUUAGGUUGGAAAUGGGGACAAGUAGUGUCUUUUCUCAUUAAUUCAUUAUAAAACACAGUACUCGUAUUCCUAUCAAACAGAAGUUUCAGGCUCUGAGCUAUUUGUGAUUGUGUUUCUCACCAAACAAAGCUGAGAAUUUACCAAAUAUAUGGGACGCGCAAAUGGCAAGAAUUGUAACAUUUCUUUUUCUUGGCACUCAGUUUUACGCAUUUCGUUAACGCUUUACCAAAUCACAAGUGUGUGUAAUCUUAUAUAUAUAAGAAUUAUAAACAAAUCAAUUCAAGAGACCUUUCGGCGUUCAGCGUCCGUAGUGUAAUCAAAUCUUGUUCGAUGGUAAAUUAUGCCAUGGAAAAGACCAUGUUUCUUUGUCACAUUUCAACCACCAGGCAGCUGGGUAUCACUCGAUUGUUAACACAUAAACUGACCCUUAUGUGUGCAAUGUGUCUAUGUCAGUGAGUUUUUCAUAUGCUUUUAUUUUUUUACUAAUUGCUCGUAGUAUUUUACAAUGUUUACAUAUCUACCUAUGUACAUAUUCAUUCGUUGUUUCGUUUGCAUCUGUCUUCAGUUAUGUAGUUAAAAAGCUAGUGCUUUAAUAGCAAAGCACUGAAAGGUAAAGUGAUUUCGGUGUAAAUGCAUAUUAGUAUAAAACUUAUAUUAGUGUAUGGUUGGCGUGAAACAUAAAAGAGCACAGUGUUGUAAUAAACUUUAAUGUAAAACAAGUUGAUGAUACAGAAAACUUCGGUGUGAAGAACAUCGGUGUAAAGAAUAUCGAUGUAAAGAAUAUCGGUGUAAAGAAUAUCGGUGUAAAGAAUAUCGGUGUAAAGAAUAUCGAUGUAAAGAAUAUCGGUGUAAAGAAUAUCGAUGUAAAGAAUAUCGGUGUAAAGAAUAUCGAUGUAAAGAAUAUCGAUGUAAAGAAUAUCGGUGUAAACAAUAUCGAUGUAAAGAAUAUUGAUGUAAAGAAUAUCGGUGUAAACAAUAUCGAUGUAAAGAAUAUCGAUGUAAUGCGCUUUAACGUAAAGCGCAUUUGUGUAAAGUACAUUGGUGUAAAGAGUAAUGUGUAAAGCGCAUAGGGUUAAACUCAUUAGUGUAAUCUGCGUGCAUGAUUUGAAGCGCAGUUGUGCGAAGUGCGUUAUUGUUUAGUACAUUUGUGUACAGCACAGUCGUGCGAGACUGAAACAGUCGAUGAAUGACUUUCCCCUGGAACGAGAUUUAGAAGACUUCGUUCUGUAAUAUAGUUGUGAACUAUUUAUAGCUACAUAAUAUUAUUUAUUUAAAUUGCUUUAUAUGUCUGAAUCAGUAUUUCAUGCAAUGUUAUUUAAACUGUGUUUGUGUGUUAAGUUAUAUGUCAUUUUCAUGAUUUAGUUUGAUUUCUAUUUGUACAUAUUUUUAGUUUUGUAAUCGAUAUGUUGGUUUUAAAAAUAAAGUG